GCGUCCAUGGCGCUCAGGCCGAGCGUGCGUGCAUGCGCCGCGCAGGGACAGGGCUCUCAGAGCAUUGGAGAGGCUGCGGCGUGCCGUGGCGGAGUUUCCGCGUGAGGCCCGGCGCGAGGUCUUGGAGGCUAUGGCUCCAACAACGCGACGCGCCCUCCUGGCAUUCAUGGAGCGGUCCCAGGCGCUCGUGGCGAGGGCAAGGUUGGAUGCGGGCCCGGAAUCCGGGCAGUCUCCGAGGAAAGCUUUCAAGGCUAAAGAGCGGCUGGCGCGACCAUGGCGGCCUAGGACUGCAAGGUCAGAGCGGCAGGGGGGCGUCUAUCGCAAGCAAGGUGGCUGGCUGGCGAAGCUCUGCCUCGUUCCGCACUUCUACGUGUCAUCUCGCUGCUUCCAGAACCCACAGCAGGCGGCCAGCAUGCUGAAGGUCCUUUGCAGAGCACGGGACUUGACGCAAGCGGGAGCGACCAGCUCCAUUUACAGAAGUGAGCUCCUGAAACAGGCGCUGGUGGAUGCCUGCUGUCAGGAGGGUUUGGAACUUCAGGACCUGGCACCCUCCUUUACCGCGUAUGUGGAUGCCAAGGGCAUCGUGGGAUGCGCAGUCUCCUCAAGGUCGAGCACCUGUCUAGAGGAGGCGCUUGAUCACAGGAGUUUGCUGCUGGCUGGCCGAGCCAAGGGCUGGAGUCACUUCCGUGAGGCCUGGCUCCAUGUCUUGCAGGCGACGGUGCAGCGCAGACCCUCGCGAGCUUGGGGACGUGCCCGAAGCAAGCCCUUGCAAAAAGCUCACGCAGAGGUCUUUGUGGACAAGGCCCGCAGGAGCUUUGAGCUGCAAAGGCAGGCCACUGCAGCGAUGGUCUGCCGGAAGCGCCUGGCCAAGGCAGCACAAAAAGUGGAUGCGGUCCUGCAAGGGCCAGGGCCCUGCAAGAAACGGAGCCUGUGA